AUGAGGAGAGCGAGUCCGAGAUUGCAAGAACCGUCGCCAUCUGCGGCGUCCGUGUCGGCUCUGGCGGCUCCGGCUCCAUGGUUUGGGCUGCAUCCUGCCGGACCCACCACGCGUACCAGCCGCGCGGCGGCCUUGUCCUGCCUCGGACGCCUCUGUAGUGUCGUCGUGCUUGCCAUAUUAGCUAGUAGUCACGUACAUCGUGUUUGGCAGCAGUAUCCGGAGUGGCUUCCCACGUCGUCGCGCAAUGCCACUGCGUCCAUCACUCUGGACUCCGCAUCAAUUCACGCACACACCGGACUCGUCCAGGAGUCGCACCACCCGAACGACGGAUUCCAGCGCGAAUCGGUCUCGUCGUCGGUUUUGGGCGAUGCGUACGACGAACAAGGUCGGGCGGGGUACGUGGCGGAUCCCACCGCCUUGCGGCGCGAGCGGCAACGGUUUCGACACGCGAGGACCCGGGAGGCGUCGGAAUCCGGGGCAACGGAACCAUCAAUCGAAGAUUCGUCGGAUUAUUGGCACAUUCUGGAAAAUUUCGUACCGUUCCGAGCAGACCAGGAUCCGUUGCUCAACUCGCGGAAUCAUCCGUUGCGUGCCAACGUAUCUUCCGAUUAUGUGUGUGCGUUCCCCCCGGGUCGGGGACUCGAAGAGGAAGGUGGGUACAAGCUCUUGACGGAAAAGAUACGACUCCAGACCGUGCACCGUCGAAACACUACCACCACGCCGCGACUGUUGUGUGCCGUGUACACGUACCCACGAAUGCGAGAUUUGGCUCGAGCGUCGGCAUUGUCGUGGGGAUACCAAUGCGAUGGUUUCUUGGCCUUUACGACGGAAACGAUUCCGUCCUUGGGCUUUGUCCAUCUAUCCCACGCUGGCAAAGAGUCCUACCGGAACAUGUGGCAGAAGACGCGGUCCAUCUGGUCCUACAUUGCUCGACACUACGCGGACGAUUACGACUACUUUCAUUUGGGUGGGGACGACAUGUACGUGCUGGUGCCGAAUUUGCGAGCCUUUUGGCAAGACGAGAUUAUCCCAGACAGCAUGGGUACUGGUUCCGGUGCCGGCCAGGACCAAGCCAUCUUUACGGGUCAACAAGUAGUGUUGCGUGAGGGGCAGCGUCCCUACGUCUCGGGUGGUCCGGGAUACACAAUGAAUCGUGCCGCCUUGCAUCGUUUGGUGAACGAGGCCUUGCCGGAGUGCGAGGUGGAUACGAUUGCCUCGCACGAAGACCGUCUAGUCUCACAGUGUUUCGACCGCAUCGGGAUAAAACCGUGGGACAGUCGUGAUGUACCCACCGGAUCCCAGCGCUACCACGACUGCUCACCACACCACUUGUACACGUUCCGUGCGGUGACUUCGUCCGGUCGCGGCCGCGGUUCGUUCCACGCGCGUGCGGCCGCCUACUGGGCGAGCCAGCCGCGGUUGGGUUCGAUGGUCGGAACCAACGAGACGACGGGUCCACGGUACGGCUUGGCAGCGGCCGCCACCCACAGUAUUUCCUUUCACGACGUGCACAAUCCGCUGUACGUGGCACGCAUGUACGCGUUGCUGCAUCCCGGGAGUUGUCCGUCCGCGACGGCGCUCGGCCGUGGACUCGCGCAGAGUCACGGGCAUCGUGCGGCGGGGGGGUACUACAGAGAUCGAGAACGAACGGUUGGGGUUCUCGGGCGCGAGGGUGGGGGUUCCAUGCGAUCGUCUCCUUCCCUGGAGCCCGUAGGGAGGGUUGGCGCGUCGGCCGAAAAUCGAGUCUCGCACGGCGCGCGGCCCAAUGACGGCCGGCGUACACGACAGACCGGUUUCGGCCUACCGCGAGACAUACGCGCCAUCUCGGCACACCGCGCGCGGCAGCACUCUCAUAUACCACGACAACACUAUCGAGACCUGACAGGGAACACGGUCGAAACACUUUACUACAAGAGAAAAGGGAUGAAUGCGUUGGAGGAGAGGCUUCCAACGUCGGGGAACGCAUCGGACGACAUGGACGACGCGUCGCUGGACCGCGGCAUUCCGGGAACGGAGGACGAGGACGCGUCGGUGGCACGAGCUCGAGCACACGUUGCCGUCCUCGAUGAACCUACGGGUGAUCGAGUCCCACGCGAUACGACGGGAGAUCAAGCCGUCUUGGGAGCAGCUGCGGCGCAGGACGGGGUAACGGCCUUUGCCGUGACGGAUGAAAGUGGACAACUCGUCCUCGCACGUUUUCAACAGUUUCUCGGACAAUUGUGA